AUGGGGUGCGAAAGCUUUAAAAUUCUGGCCGUGGUCUUAGUAUUUUGUGUGAUGAACGAAGUGUCUGCGGAUCCCAGAUGGGCUUGGAGACGCCGCCGCAGAUGUCAAAAAAAGGAUUGCGUUCCGGGAACAUGGUCUGCGUGGAGUGCCUGCUCGCAUUCGUGUGGUCCGCGUGGAACUCAAUACAGAAGGCGACCUAUCGCCAAGCCUGCACAGUGCGGAGGAAAAUGUUUAGUCACCACGAUAGGAGCUAAGGCGUGCAAUCGCUUCUGCCUAAAUGGUGGUUCACUGGUACGUCUGAGCUGCCAGUGUAAGGCUGGGUAUAGUGGGGUUUGCUGUGAGAAAGGUAAGUUCUGUGAUAAAGGUGCACGUAUGGUUUUUAGGUUUCAAGAGUGACUGAAGGUAAUUGAUCUAUACUCCAUUAAGAUGAAGUUCAUUUACAAUUGAAUCACAGCGUGACAUUAAAAAGAAAACUUCAAUUUUUCAAAUUCCAUUCAAAUCAAAUUUAGUGGAUCCACUUAAAGUGUUUCAUCAGAGUAUAGUUUUUUAUUUGUUGAAGAUUAAAGCUAAAGAAGUCUUUGAUAGGUGGUGGGUGUUGUGAGAAAAAAGAUUCUUACACCACGUACUUACUAGGGACUCAUUCUUUAGCCGACAGCGGGCGUAAAUUUCCUCUCUUUAAUUUCUUGUUUGUUUCCUGGUUAGUUUGCUCAUCUUUUCCUUGUCUGCAAAGUCACCACACCCGGAAAAUUAAGGAGGAAUAGAAUGCUAGUAGUGCUACUUUCAUUAAAAAAAAAAAAAAAGCAAAAAUUACGCUCAUCUUUCCGAGUUACGCCAUAAAUUAUGCUAGCACAAUCUGUAAAGACCUAGUACCUUAGGCCUCGAACAGAUAACAUAAUAAAUUCCCAGAAAUAUUUACAUUUUUGUAAAAUGUAUUCAAUUUGUAAACUAUCAAAAUUUCCUUGAUGUACAAGGGAUCUAUCGCAUAAAUAUUCAGGUGGUAAGAGUUUUACCCUUUUAAAAGAAAAACAGUCUUAGCAUUUUUAACAGUGUCGUGGUCUUCAUGAUCUUCCCAUUUCUUUUCGGUCCUUAUCCGCCAGAAAAAGAUCCUGUGAACGGCAGGUGGCUUAAACACGAAAAGCAGAAUAAUAUAAAACUUGUAAUAGACUGCAAAUCACUGAGACUGGCGGGAGUUAGAGACACGUUCUCCUCACUUACUUAUCUUGUUCUCGUAGUGUCCGGAGGAUGGAGUAGUUGGGGAGCCUGGUGCGAGUGUACUAAGACCUGUGGGAGAGGGUCACAAUACCGCAAGCGAUCCUGCACUAAACCCGGAGGGACCGACUGUGUGGGACCCUCUAGAGAAUACAAGUCGUGUAUGAUCAAACAAUGCAACUUAGGUGAGUAGUUAGGUGCGUUUAUUGUUAUGUUUCCAAUAGAAAGGUACCAAUCGCUACACGAACGCAUUUGUGUCCAAUCGGUAGAACUUUUUUAUACGUGGUUUUUCCUACAAAGACAAUUUAUAUUAAAUGAAACUGUUAUUUAUCUAGGCGCACCAUAUAGCUUUAACCUUUUGUAAAUUUUAUGCAAUUCAGCCUUAGGAGGCUGCAAAUUUGAAUAUUUCAAUAAACUAUCUAUCUAUCAAUCUCACUCCCUCUCUAUUUGCCAGUGUAAGCAAACCUUUGGCACAGGACUCACGUUAAGUCCAACAAUGGACCAAUCAGAUUGCUCGGAAGAAUGAGGAAAAAUAAACACUCUCUAGAAAGGCCGAUACUUUGACCAGCAAUACUAAAUGUAAAGGCUAAUGAUUUGAACUGUAUGAACCAUUUUUUAGAUGGAGGCUGGUCUGCUUGGUCAAGCUGGGGACAAUGCAAGGGAUCCUGCGGAACGGGAUUACAGACGCGAAAACGGUCCUGUACGAACCCGCCUCCUGGAUAUGGAGGAAAGAAAUGCAUGGGCGCAUCUCAACAGCACAGGAAUUGUAUCCUUAGUAGGUGCCGGGGUAAGAAAACUCACAUCGAAUUUUUACAAAAAUUAAUAUGAAAUUGAAAUGAGGAAGUGUAAAUCUAUAUCAUUAGAUAAAUCUGAUCACCAUCAGCUCUUCUCUUACCUUUUCAAUUUCCCCUUCUUCAUCAGAUGGAGGUUGGUCUGCUUGGUCAAGCUGGGGACAAUGUACGGGAUCUUGCGGGACGGGACUACAGACCCGAAAACGGUCCUGUACAAACCCGCCUCCUGGAUAUGGAGGAGAGAAAUGUAUGGGCUCGUCCCAACAGCAUAAGAAUUGCCUCCUCAAACGAUGCCCAGGUGAGAUAUUCAAAUACAUAUGAAAGGUUGCCUCCUUAACAGUUAGGGAGUUGGUUGUUUGCGCACAAAGUCGGACACGCAAGACUUCUUGCUCAUGCGCACAGGGACUGCAGAGGCUUACGUUAGCUCACGCUUGGGUUACGUGGGACAAAAUGUCUACUUUCUGAUGAGGAUUAGCAACACACAGGCUCGAUUGCGUGGAACCCUUCCGUCUUAUGUAUAAGACAAACUAUUCUUGACUGAUUGUAAAUGGACCAUUUUUGGAAGAUAUUUCUGUCAGUGAUCAUAUGGACACCAAACAUGUGCGGUUCGAUUCCAAGUUGACAAACCAGUCAGUGAGUUUGCUGAAAAAAAAAAAAUACACGACAACUAUCGAAAAAGUACACAAUUCAACAACUAAAACAGAAAGGGUAAAGGAAGAAUUUCUGCAUCUCUCAUUGUUUCUUUAACAAUUGUUUUGAUCGUUUUCAGUAAAUGGAGGUUGGAAGCCUUGGAGUAAAUGGCGCGCAUGUUCUAAGACGUGUGGCACUGGGUCACAGUACCGCACCAGGAGCUGUACCAGGCCUCGCCCGGUGUAUGGUGGUAAAAAGUGUACUGGGCUUGCUAGACAGACCAGGAGAUGUAAUACUCAUCACUGCCCUGGUAAGUAAUGGAUUGGGAAAAAUCGAUCACUGCUUUCUAUUUGGUUACAUGUUAUCGGAAAUUGGUGGAAACGUCUUGGUAACAAAUCUUGUUCGAUUGUUAACGUAUAACAAGCGCGGAUAUUUUUAGAGUUUCGUGGCAAAUUUUAUUUUAUCCUGUUACGAGACCAAGUGCUCAAACCUCCCCUUCCCUGACCACUGUGCGUCUUGGAAAAAAUACUCAUACAUGAAUAUCUCUUUCAGUUAAAGGAGGCUGGAGUCUUUGGAGUAAAUGGUGUACGUGCUCUAAAUCAUGUGGGACUGGAUCACAGUACCGGACAAGAUCCUGUUCCAGGCCUCCUCCUUCAUACAGUGGAAAACAUUGCACUGGGCCUAGCAAGCAAACCCGGAACUGCAACAAUCGCCGUUGUCCUGGUAAGAAAUAGAUUUUAAAAAAUCAAUAGUUGUCUUCUAUCAUACCUAAUAUUUGGAAUGGACACCGAGGCAAGAUAAAUCAAUGUAAUUCUGUUCCUUAUUAUUUGUUCGUUUUGAGCAAUAACACGGAGUAACCUGAUAUCGGUAAGAGCACUUUGUAAAUCGGGUCAAGUCUUUGGGGUGUGGCAGUGUUUCCUCUGAUCUCCUGUUAACAAACUUUUUUAAAAGCAUUGACAUUAUGGUCAUGGCGGAUUAGACUUGAGUGAGGAAUGGGAAGGAGUUUUCUCACAAAGUUAACAUUGGUCUUAAAGGAUAGACAUGGCGGGGCAAACAUGCCCCUAACAUCCUUUACCUUUUGUCAGUGGGUUAACUUACUGCUGAUCGUAGAUGCCCACUAUGGAUCAACAAAACAGUGAUACUAAGUUAGGCUGUCACCUUAAUUUUAAUUGAGAUAAUCAAAUUUGUGUUUGAUUCUAAUUUGAUUUGGUAUCACAUACUAAAGGAAUACUUCCUCUCUAUUGGCUCCAAACUAUCGCAAACGUUCGAACGUCAAACACGUUUCUUGAGUUGAGAGGCAUGAUUGAGUUUAUGCAUAACUGAAUCAUCUGUCAAAAUAAGAAACACAUGGAGCCAAAUACAUAUAUUUUGCUGCUAUUUUGUAACUGAUCUACUUAUUUGUCAUUAAAGUGAACGGAGGUUGGAACCUUUGGAGUAAGUGGUGGGCGUGUUCUAAAAGGUGUGGCACUGGCAUUCAGUAUCGUACAAGGACCUGUACCAGGCCCCGCCCAGCAUACGGUGGAAAGCGGUGCACUGGGCUUAGAAAACAGACUCGGAAUUGUAACACUCAUCACUGUCCCGGUAGGGAAUAAAAAUAAAAAUUCAAUGUUUUUUUUUAGUUUCUUAAUAUUUAGUUUGUACAAGUAAACAAGACGCUAUCGGUCAUUUCAUGUAUAUGGGAAACGAUCGUAUCAGUUGAAACUCUGAGCCAAUUUUUUUUCUCAUUUUCAGUUAAUGGAAGAUGGUCAACCUGGGGUAGCUGGGGCGCAUGCUCAAAAACAUGUGGAGUCGGAAAGCAGUAUAGCAAGCGAAAAUGUAACAAUCCUGCACCAAAAUAUGGCGGGCGGAACUGCUAUGGAUCAAAUGUUAGAUCACGAUCGUGCAAUGUUAAAACUUGUCCAGGUAAAAAGAUAAAUUUUUAUAAAAGGACCAUGCUUCGAUUCCUUAUUUGUAAGCAAAUUUGCUAGGAAGGGAAGCUGGUAAAAAGAUUGGUCAUCAUGGGAUUAUCAGUGGGAUCAUUUUACAAAUCCGCAUCAGCUGCGACUGUUCAUUGGUUGGCAAAGGCUGACAGGAACCAAUCAAAUAUUCCAAAUAUCGAUUUAUAUCCUGAUGUCUUAAGCAAAACGAUUACUCGGCUCUCUUAUGGUUCCAUAUCGUUGAAUGGACUGUAAUGCGACCACAGCUACUUGGUAUAGAUAUCAUUAGUAAGACAUAGAAAUGCAUGUCCUUUCCAUUCUCUUUUUUUUCUUUUGAUUUUAAUUUUCAGUAAAUGGAGGCUGGAGUCUUUGGAGCAAAUGGUGCGAAUGCUCUAAAUCGUGUGGCAGUGGAUGGCAGCACCGCACAAGGACUUGUACCAGGCCUCCUCCGACCUAUGGUGGUAAAGUAUGCAGUGGGUUAACCAAGCAGUCCAGACACUGUAACACUCGGCGCUGUCCUGGUAAGCAACAUGUUAACUAAAACAAUCACUGUAAUUCUUGGCUCUUGAAAGUCUUGGUUUUGACUGAGUCUUUCGGACCAAUUCUAGAACUAGAAUUUCCGUCUCAUCAACUAAUAAAAUUUAUGGGAAAUGCGAAAAAAUUUCCUGAAAUUUAUCUGUAACUGUGUGCAUUACUUGCAGUAAAUGGAGGCUGGGGUCCCUGGGGUAAAUGGUGGGCCUGCUCUAAAUCGUGUGGCACUGGGUCACAGUUUCGAACAAGGACCUGUACCAAGCCUCCCCCGGCAUACAGUGGCAAACAUUGCACUGGCGUGAACAGACAGACCAAGAGUUGUAACAUUCAUCACUGUCCUGGUAAGAGAUAUGAUUUCCAUGUUGAUUAGGGAUACCGAUAUUCUAAAGAAAUUACUCGGGGCUAAUUACUUGUGGAAUGUUUUAGAGAACAAAUUAUUAUGAUCUGUUAGAACCUGUGGCUAUAACAUAGAAAAACACCGUUCCUAAAGAUCAGUAUACAUAUAAACACUUCAAAAAGUUAUUUUUUCAAGACUUUAUUGCUGUUAAACACAGAAAACCCUAAACACCUGAAAUAUUUGGGUAGGGUGUAUCACAUUUCACCGACCACCUUACAAAUUAGGACGUUUGUACGGACAAGCAAACUGCAAAACACAAUUUCCUUUUCUCCCUGUUUAAUUGGUGGUUGUUGCUCGACACAACAACGUUUCAGCAGUAUUUCCUGUGUUCAUAGUGUUCUGAAUUUCAUAGUAAAAGCAGCGUUCCUUUUUCUGCAGACCGUAAGUGAGCAUAUUGAGAGAAACUUCCCCAAGGUGUAAUUCCAAGGAUGUAAGAAAUAUUUUGACCAAGUUUAUAUAUAUAUCAUGAACCAUCCCCAUUGACUAUUUUAAUCAAAUGUUGCAGAUAACCAUAUUGUGGGUAACAAUUGAGGAAAGUUUAAAGAAAAUCUCCGGUCAAUUUGAAAACUAGUUCUUUUCUUUGUGAUUAUCUCAAAAGCAUUAUUUUUCGUACAAAAAACGCCUAAAUAUCUACGAAAUGAUCAUGAGUAGCCAUAUGACAUAAUCGUUCUGCAUUUUUAGUUCAUGGAGGAUGGUCCAAUUGGGGAAACUGGGGCGCAUGCUCAAAAACUUGUGGAGCUGGAAAACGUUAUAGCAAGCGACGUUGUGACACUCCAGCGCCAAAAUAUGGCGGCAGGAAAUGCUAUGGGACAAAUUUGAGAACCCAGGCAUGCAACGUCAAUCCUUGCCCAGGUUAGUGGAGUUUAGUUUAGAGCACUUUGGUUCGUGUGGUAAUCUCGUACCCAGAUCAUAUCGUUUAACUGUAACUGAAAUGCCCACCGCUUGGUCGCGGAAAGUCUGGGUACGAGACAAGGGUGUGGCGAAACCAACACUAGGAUAGAAUAAUUUUUGAUUGGGCACCGGCAUAGCUUUGGUUUUGUUUUGUUUGGAUUUGGGAUUGGUCCAUGAAAUUCGCGCCACUUUCUCUACCAAUCAGAUUAAAAACUUAAACCAAUCGCGACAAAGUUAUUCGAGUUUUCCCGCGCUUGAAGCUGUUUGCGUGUUUUUACUUUGAGCUCUCAUCGGCUGUUAAUUUUAUCGUGCUUUUAUUUAAAUGGUCGUUGUGAUUAUUUUGCCUAUGGUUUUUGUUUUACUACACUCAAUUAAAAAAGCACGUAAUUGCAAUCAUGGAAAAUAUCACAAUGAUCCAAUGAAACCUCAAAGUAAAGAAAAGAAAACUGCCACGAAAAACGUGAGGGACUAAUUCGCCACUAUACUUAACUUUGCACGAACGUCGAAAGAAGUUUUUUAUACCAAUCAACAAGCAAGGUAAAGAAAAACAUAUGCAGCUUUAGAUUGCCCAUGAAUCUAAAUUGAAUUUGCCUGACUAUAUUUUCCAUCGAAAGUCUAUUAACGCAAAUCUUUCUAAACGGUAAUCUUCACAGUAUCGAAUGUGUCAUAGGAAAUUACUUAAGUCCAAAAUACUUUGUUCCAGGAAAGUUACAGGUAAUGAAUGUAUCAAAAGUAAAGACAUGAUGUUUCUCAGUCAGAGUCACAGGUAGACCAGUUGCUCCUCAUUGGAGUCAAAACAUGUGACCUUCCGAUUAGUGAUUUCAGGAUGCUUUGUAGCUUGGAGCUUUGAAUUACAAUUGUGUAACAGAUAUCCUGUUUACUUCCGAGAUAAGGUUCUUAAUAGGAUACCACAACCCUUUUGGCUUUGAAGUUAUCACUUUACAAUAUAAACUACGGGGCGUAACAUAUUUUGUUAGAUUGAAUUGAAAAGAAUAUAAGCUUAAAGCUCAAUAAAAACCUAUCGCCAUGAUUUAUGUUUCUUGUAGUAAACGGCCGUUGGUCACUGUGGGGAAAAUGGUCCGCGUGCACAAAGACUUGUGGGACUGGAGGGAGUCAAACGCGCCGUAGAACCUGUACCAAUCCCCCGCCGAAAUAUGGAGGAGUGUGCAUUGGACCGGGUGUUCAGACUAAAACGUGUCUGGUGAAAAGAUGUCCAGGUCAGAAUUUUUGUGGUUUAUUUAAGAAAGAAAUUAUUUAGAAUAGCGAAGCAAAGAUUGUGUAAGGGCGGCGAUUUUGAACAACAAUGCUUUUUAAAAAUUUCUCUAAGAAAAUUCCUUGAAGUCUCUUCAAGUGGAUCGCUACGUUUCGACUGUAUACAGGUAGUCUUCUUCAGGCGAUAAGGUCGACUGGAUAAGCAUUGCUUUUAUGCUGUCCAAAUAUAUUGAAACGUGCGAUUUGAUCUCGUCGUACAUAGAUUUCGAUGUCCUCGCGCAAAGUCAGCAAUGUUCUUCAGUACAUCCUUAGAGUUCCAAACUCUUGCGAUAUCUGAUCGUCCUUCGAUCAGUCGAGCACUACAGUUUAGUUCGUUCAAUAUGAUUGGUUACUUUUGCCGCAAACUCAUUGGUUGUAAGACUCGGGUACCCUACGUUUUCGAAAAGUCGGUAUUUUUAGAAAUCAAAAGGGUAAGUUUCUGAAUAAACUAUACCACUGCGUCGGUGGAGUAGUAUAACAGGAUCAUUUUGAUUUUAUUAGAUCUGUUAAUAAUAUAAAAUUGGCCACCGUAAAGAGUUUCACAGCCGACGCUUCGCUGACGAAGGGCUAAUACUCGAAAGGUCAGCUUUGAAACUCUUUACGGGGACCGAUUUACGUUAUCAGCUCAGUUGAUAAUACCAAAAUUAUCAUAGUUAGCAAUAGGUCGUUCUGUUCGGUUCGCCUGUUGUAAAUAAGUAGUUUGUACGGUGCCAAUGGGUCGUUUCAAUCAAAAGAGUGAUACUGAUAUGAAAAUUGAAAAUUUGAUUCUUAGUGAAUGGCGUUUGGAGUGCGUGGGGCCACUGGCGCGCAUGCUCUGUGACGUGUGGCACUGGUACACAAUUCCGCAGUCGCUAUUGUAACAAACCGAGACCAGCAUAUGGCGGCAAGUACUGCUCUGGACCGAGUAAACAGACGAAGAAAUGCAUAAAAAAUCCUUGCCCAAGUAAACAUAACAUUUCUCAUUCUAUUCUGUAAGAGAUACACAGUUCCUCGGUAAACUGAGGCGAAUCUUGUUUUCCACUGGAAACAGGGGCGACACAGAUUGUCAUUUUGUGACAUAAAAAUUAUUGCCCAACAUUUACCAGGCAAGACAGCUAGAUACCGUUUUGUUUUGUGUUUUACGUUCCAUUAGGAAGCAAAAACAAUUGGGUCAGUUGGAUACUCACCCUGUAAACAAUAAAGCAAGUUCAAAGUCGUGCAGUGAGGCCGGAGAAAUGUGUGCUGCCAUUAGGUGGAUCGUUAUCGAUAGCAGAAAUACUCACUGUAAGUGCUGUCAUAUCCGAUUGUGCCUCACACCUGGUCUUUUCUCCAGCAUAAUUCGUCCGACGAGUCAAUAGAAAUCGCUGGAAGAGGAACUUAUUUGAAUUCAAUCUGAUUGAACAUCAGGUAUGCAAAAAAGCAUACAGCGAAUACAAAAGAAAGAAUACUUGAGCUGGAUUCUUUGUCUCUGGAAUCAGUCAGCUUGCGUCUUACAAUUUGGAUCUUAAAUUAACAAAAAAAAGUCAUCAAACUAUUCCGUUCCUUUCCUCUCUUUUCCUCAGUAAACGGUCGUUGGACACUAUGGUCGACAUGGGAAGACUGCUCUAAAACAUGUGGGUCUGGAACCAAGGCUAGGAGGCGAUCUUGUUCCAAUCCUCCGCCCCAGCAUGGAGGACAAGCGUGCACUGGGCCGAGUAAACAGACCAAGUCGUGUUUGCUUAAGGAUUGUGCGAGUAAGCACAGAGUUUUCAUGUUCACGAAUAAUGUAAACAUCUAUAGUCUUAGACAUAAUUAUUCGUACAGUUCAGAUUACAGUGCAAACUUUUCAGGCAGAAAAUGCCAUUGCGUUGCUCGGCCAUAUCCAUCCACAAUCUCCCCUUUUAAUUUCAGCGUUAAAAGGAUCGAAAGCACAAAGACGCUAUUAGCCUUCCACUAUAUCCACACAGAAAAAAGGAAUAACCAGCAAAGCUUUUAUGUUCAACAAUUCUUCACUUUUCAGAUAUCUCUUGUACAGAUUUGACUCUUUCAUAAGAAUUUAGCCGUUCUUAAUCUCGUACCCAGAUCCUUCCGUGUAAUCAUAACUGCCUGGCCGUGAAAGGUCUGGGUACGAGACAAUGCCGAUCUAGCACGAAAGCCCACAGUGAAGGCCAAUCUAAUUAAUACUAUUCCCUAUAAAUGAAUAAUUCCCUCUUAUGUUUAUAAUUAGGUUAUGUUAGUUGGGGUUCCUGGGGUGCAUGGUCAGCAUGCUCCAAAACCUGCGGUGGCGGAACACAGAAUCGUAAACGGAAAUGUCAAGGUUACAGCCAGGGAUAUGGUGACUGCGCAGGCGCAAAUGAAGAGACACGCGUGUGUAACACACAAUCAUGUCCUGUCGGUAAGCAACUGAAUCUGUCUCUUUAAUAUCGAAAAAGUCUAUCUCAUUUACAUUCGGCUCAGUGGUAUUUUUUUGAAAGCUCAGCUCAGUUUCCGUCAGAAAAAAAAAUUGAGUUUGGCGCCAACUUAUUUUCGCCCAUUAAAAGUAACACACCUUGAGAAGUAAUUACUGUGAUUUUUUUUUCUUAAAAGGUAGCAUAAUAACUCCCACAGUGGUUAGGCUGUUCUACCGUAGGAAGUGCUUGAUUUCUAGUUAGAACCCUAAGAUACCCCCGAAAGCGUUUUUAAUUAACCUGACUAUUUCCAACAUUUUUCUUUGCAUUGACGAAGUUGUUAAUGGUGGUUGGGGAGACUGGAGCGAUUGGAGCGCAUGCAGUGUAUCGUGUGGGCCUGGCACUAGUAUCAGGAGUAGGAAAUGCGACAAUCCACCCCCAGGCCCCGGUGGUCAACCUUGUCACGGACCUCCUCUCUCAAACAAGCCUUGUAACGAGGGACUUUGUCCUGGUAUGUGUGGACAUUGCAUUUUAACCAAUCUCACAAUUCUUCAAGAGACGUUUAAAGAGGGUUCAAUUUUAAAAUGGUCUUAUUACAGAUCUACAAUGAAGACGCGAUUUCACAUUUACAAGAUCAUACCGCACAAAGGCCCUCUGAUGAAAAAACAAACCGACGUGGUAGUAUAGAAUGGUUUUGAACUUAUUUUGACGAGCAACACUUCCUGGGUGAAGCGAUUUUCUUUCAAACGUAUCUCUCCUUGCUAUGGCUGAGAUCAAAGGAAAAUAAUUGUGCUCGGAUUGGAUAAAAGUAUCAUUUUCCAAAUCUCAGUCUUUCCUUGAGCGAUGUACAUUUUAAAUUGAGAGUAAUAACAAUUCCUUCUCUCCCAAUUAUAGUUGACGGCGGCUGGGGAGACUGGAGCGCUUGGAGCGCAUGCAGUGUAACUUGUGGGCCUGGCACUAGCAUUAGAAACAGGAAGUGUGAUAACCCAGCCCCAAGCAAUGGCGGCCAGCCAUGUGCAGGACUUCCCUUUGCGAACAAGCCUUGCAACGAAGGAUCGUGUCCAAGCAGUACGUAACAAACUAACUCGCUUGUUUGUAUUGGAACAGCCUUUUUUAAAAAAUCCAAGCUUCAUUCUCAUCCCAAAAAGUGUCACUUAUUGCCGCCGAAUGUAUAAAAUAUUUUUAAAACGAGGGAAGCAAGAGGUAAAAAGUUGGUUUGCUGCAGUUAAACUGUGUGAAAAACGUAUUCCCUUUGGUUCAGAAGGAAACUCACAGUUACUCGAUAUUGAGUCGUCUCCUUGUUCAAAGGAGUUUUUUCCUUUUUACAACCCUUGGGAUGAAGAGAAACUACGGUGUUUGCUUAUAGCAAUUAGAAAUUAUUCUGACGAUGGGCAGUGUGACAAAUGUGAAAUCAUAGAUCAUUGAUGGAACCAGUGCGGCCGAGUGGUUAGGACGCUUGUCUUGUAAUCUGAUAGUACCAGGUUCAGGCUCUCCACCCCGCUACUUAAUGGCUUUGUUCUCGAUUGUCCUGUGUUUAAUUCCUUGGCUGCCCUUUGUAUAGAGCAAACAAAUGAAUGCCUUGCCAGUUGAGCUUUCAAAAACUAAAAAUAAUAAAAAAAAACCAAACCAAUGAGGUAGUAUAGAAUGGUUUUGAAUUUAUUUUGACGAGCAGUACUUCCUUGCUUGGAUUUGGGAACGGACUGCAUGUCGUUUUCAGAGUGUCAUGGUCAAUGGUGAAGCAAUUUUCUUUCAAGCCAGGAGCACAUAUCUCUCCUUGCUAUGACUGGAAUCAAAGGAAAAUGAUUGCUCGGAUUGGAUAACAGCAUCAUUUUCCAAAUCUCAGUCUUUUCUUGAGCGAAGUACGUUUUAAAUUGAGAAAGAUAACAACUUCUCUUCUCUCAAUUGCAGUUGACGGCGGCUGGGGAGACUGGAACGCUUGGAGCGCAUGCAGUGUAACUUGUGGGCCUGGCACUAGUAUUAGAAGCAGGAAAUGUGAUAACCCAGCCCCAAGCCCCGGCGGCCAGCCAUGCGUAGGACUUCCCUUUGCGAACAGGCCUUGUAACGAAGGAUCAUGUCCAAACAGUACGUAACGAACUAAUGAUCGCUUGCUUAUUUAAGAACAGCCUUUUUUAAAAAUUGGCCAGGCUUGAUUCUCAUCACAAAAAGUGUCACUUAUUUCCUUAAAAACGAGGGAAGCAAGAGGUAAAAGUUGGUUUGCUGCAGUUAUGUUAUGUGAAAAACGUAUUCACUUUCGUCCAGAAGGAAACUCACAAUUACUCGAUAUUCUGUGGUCUCCUUGUUCAAAGGAGUGUUUUUUUUUUUCUUUUUCACAACCCUUGGGAUGAAGAGAAACUACGGUGUUUGCUUAUGGCGAUUGGAAAUUAUUCUGAUGAUGGGCGGUGUGAAAGUAUAAAAUCAUAGAUCACUUAAUGGAGGCAGUGCAGCCAAGUGGUUAGGGCACUGGUCCUAUUAUCUGAUGGCGUCAGGUUCAAGCCCUUCACCCUGAUACUCAAUUGAUUUGUUCUAGGUUGCCCUGUGUUCAACUCCUUGGCUGCCCUUCGUAUAUAGCCAACAAGUGAACCUCCUGUUAGUUAGGUUUUCAAAAGCACUUGUUUCCAAUUUGUUAGUAUUGACCCUGUGAAACUCCAUUCGGGGGAGUUGGUGAAUUAAGUAUAUAUGCAUCCAAACACACGUGUAAUAUGACCUCGCUAGAACUCAGUCACUGACACACUCCCCAGCACUGGUGAUCGGUUACAAUUGGUUCUCGGUCUCAGGUGACGACUGUUGGAGCGAAUGGAGUGACUGGAGCAACUGCAGUAAAGUUUGCAGCUGUGGCAAGAAAUACAGGGUCCGUUAUUGCAAGUGCGGGCAUGGGCAGGGGAAUGAAAAAUGUCAAGGGAAGACUGAUAACUCUCAGAGUUGUAACUGCCAACCCUGCCCUAACGGACCUCCUGCUGAUGACGUAACGGAAGGUAGUGUGCAUUGACUUGGUUUGGCUGGGACUGCUCGCGGUCGAUUACAUGAGAUAUGAACCCACUUUGGAGCUUCAAAACAUUUCUUGAUUAGCUGCUAGAAAAAAAGGACUCAUUAUUAUGUCUUCUGGAAAGAGGAUUCCCGAUUACUGGUCUUUUCUGACAUUAUCGCUGACACUUUUUUUCUUUUACAGGUUAAAGACACCGAGAAGCAUUGGAGACGUA